AUGAUUUUAACAAUAAUAGAAGCAAGAAAUCUAAUUUCUAACAGCUCAGAUGGUUCAGAUCCUUUUGUUAAAAUAACAGUAGCAAAUCUAACCUCUUAAGUAACUGAUAUGAAAAGCAAUGCAAACACAGUAGUAUUUAACUAAUCAUUUACAUUUAAAGAUUUAAAAUUAAAUAAAAUCGAAUUUGAAAAUUAGGAAAUAUUAAUUUAAGUUUUUGAUUAAAAUCCUUUUAAAUAAAACGAAUUAGUAGGUCAGCAAUCUAUAGGAAUUUCGACUCUUUAUAAAUCUAACAACCACGAAUUUUUUAAAGUUUGGCUUCCUUUAAUAAAUCCAUAAUAUGGAAUAUAAUCUAGAGGAGCUUUACUUAUAUCUUGUUAUAUUAUAGGAGUGUCUGACAGACCUCCGGUACAUGAUAUAAAUGAGUACAAUGAAAAUAAUGAUGUGUUUUUUUUUAAUAAUAUCCCUGAUGAAUAAUUAACUAAUGAAUAACUUUAAUUAAAAUAAAAUUUAAAAAAAGGAGUUGUUUCUCUUCCUAAACCUGAAAUUAUUAACGAUAAACUUUAAUUUUUAGUAUCUAUUGUAAGAGGAGAAGAUUUUCCGAUUCUUUAAUAUUCAUCAUAUUUAUUUCUUGUAGAGUAGGAAGUAAUGUAUUAAUAACUUAAGUAGUAAAGAAUUCUCAAAAGCCAAGCUAUCAAGCCAGAAUGGUUUUCCCUAUUUAUUUUCCAGUUUUUAAUGAUAGAAUUGUUAUGA